UCAGGACGCCACUGGUACCAGCUAUCCAGAAGUUUGCCUAUUAGCCCUAAAUAUGUCCAGAAUAAAAGAACAAGGUUCUCCCCCACACAUUUCAAUGGAAUUUGUAGAGCUCAAGUCAUCGAUCCAUGAGGGCCCCCUAUACCAGGGGCGGACUGACAACUCAUGGGGCCCCCGGGCAAUAGGGGAUCAUGGGGCCGAUGUGUCCUUGCCCAAACUCAAAAAAGCCUAUGAAAAAGGUACCAGGGGCAUCUCAUGGGACCCCCUACUGACCCUGGGCCUUCGGGCAGUGCCCGAGUUUCCAAAUGGUCAGUCCGCCCCUGCCCUCUAC